AGUGAUUCAACAUUGAGCUUCCUCACGUCGUUGACAAACUGUAGGAAUCUAAGAGUACUCUGGUUUGAUGGAAAUCCAUUGGAUGGUGUUUUGCCUGCAUCAGUUGGUAAUUUCUCAAACUCACUGCAUACUUUUAGAGCAAGUGAUUGAAAAUUGAAGGGUGUCAUACCUCGAGAAAUUGGUAAUCUUACUGGAGUGACAAGGAUUGAUCUGUAUAACAAUGAGUUGACCGGACAUAUUCCAAAUACUGUCCAAGGAAUGUUGAGCCUUCAAGAACUUUACCUACAAAGAAACAAGAUAGAAGGACGCAUACCAGAGGUUAUCUGCGGUUUAAACAAUCUUGGUGCAUUAGACUUGUCAAGAAAUCAGUUUUCUGGCUCAGUGCCACCAUGCUUAGGGAGUGUUACUAGUUUGAGGACACUUUAUCUAGCUUAUAAUAGGCUUAAUUCAAGAUUACCUGCAAGCUUGGGGGGGCUUCAUGAUCUCAUAGAAUUAAAGAUUUCAUCAAAUUUAUUGAGUGGGGAAAUUCCCUUCGAGAUUGGAAACUUGAAGGCUGCAACACUCAUUGAUCUGUCAAAAAAUGAUUUUUCUGGUAAAAUUCCUAGCACGCUAGGGGGUCUAGAUAACUUGAUUAAUCUUUCUUUGGCACAUAAUAGAUUAGAGGGGUCUAUUCCAGAUUCAUUUGGCAAAAUGUUAGCAUUAGAAUUCUUGGAUUUGUGUGAUAACAAUCUUAGUGGUGAAAUUCCAAAGUCAUUAGAAGCUCUUGUGUAUCUCAAAUACAUGAAUUUCUCAUUCAAUAAACUCAGUGGAGAAAUUCCCAUUGGAGGUCCUUUUGCAAACAUCACUAGCCAGUCCUUCCUAUUCAAUGAUGCACUUUGUGGUGACUCCCGAUUUAACGUAAAACCAUGCCUAACCAAAUCUUCAAAGAAGUCAAGAAGAAAAGGAGUGCUUAUAGGUUUAUAUAUUCUAUUAGGGAUUGGAUCACUCUUCACAUUGGCUAUUGGAUUUGUGGUGUUAAGACUGAGAAAGACAAAGAAGUGUGCAAGCCAAGAAGAUGUGUCUCUCGUAAAAGGGCAUGAAAGAAUUUCCUAUGAUGAACUUGAACAGGCAACUGAAGGAUUCAACGAAACCAACUUGCUUGGUAAUGGGAGUUUCAGCAUGGUUUACAAAGGGAUUCUUAAGGAUGGUAUCAUUUUUGCAGCAAAGGUAUUCAAUGUGCAAUUGGAGGGUGCAUUCAAAAGUUUUGACACGGAAUGUGAGAUACUCCGCAACCUUCGCCACAGAAAUCUGACCAAAGUCAUCACCAGUUGCUCCAAUCUUGAUUUCAAGGCCCUAGUGUUGGAAUACAUGCCCAACGGGACACUUGAUAAAUGGUUAUACUCUCACAACUUGUUCUUGAACUUAAUGCAGAGACUGGAUAUAAUGAUAGAUGUUGCAUCUGCAAUGGACUAUCUCCACAAUGGCUGUUCAACACCUGUGGUGCAUCGUGACUUGAAGCCAAGCAACGUGUUGCUAGAUGAAGAAAUGGUUGCUCAUGUAAGUGAUUUUGGCAUUGCAAAAAUGUUAGGUGCAGGGGAGGCUUUUGUUAAAACAAGGACAAUUGCAACCAUUGGAUAUAUUGCUCCAGAGUAUGGACAAGAAGGAAUAGUAUCCUCGAGAUGUGAUGUUUAUAGCUUUGGCAUCUUGAUAAUGGAGACGUUCACACGAACAAGACCAAGUGAUGACACCUUUACCGGUGAUUGGAGCAUACAGCGUUGGGUUAGUGAUUCCUUUCCGGAUGAAAUUCAUAAGGUGGUGGAUUCUAAUUUGGUACAGCCAGGAGAUGAACAAAUCGCUGCAAAGAUGCAAUGUUUGUUAUCUAUCAUGGAAUUAGCCUUGAGCUGUACUUUAGUGACACCUGAUGCAAGAAUUGGUAUGAAAGAUGUUCUUUCAAAACUGAAAAAAUUUAGGCUACAGCUUGUUAAUAGUCGGCACUAGGUGGAAUCAGACCGUCUAUUCGAUGUGUUAUUUGAUUACUUAAGUUUGUUUAAUCAAGGUUGUAACGGAGCAAAUAGUUUCUUGAGGUAUGUAGUUUUUAU